GCAAUGAGAUGUACUUCCUGCUCCAGCGGUGUUGGCAGUUCACAGCCACUGAGCGACCUUCCUUCUCCAACAUAGUCAGCGACCUUAAGGACAUGGGCGAGAAGCCAACCAAGCAUAUCAUCCUCAACGUCGCCAAAGAACCGCAGAGUGGUUACAUCAGCGAUACAGGACAGGUGUUCCUACACCCACUACCCUCGUAUAUUGACAACCCUUCGAAGGCAACAAAGAAGAACUGGAGGAACAGCGCCACUCAACAGAGCGUAAUAUCUUCCGUCAAUGACACAAUGUACACAAGAGAUACCGCUGAGACAGUACUGGAUACUCAGUCUGAGAGUGAUAAUUAUGAGGGAUAUCUCCGUGGUGACCUGCCGUCAUGGAACCAAGAAAAGAGCAGCUCGUUGUCUGAGGGGGAGGGGGAAUUAGCCACACCCAAACUACGAGAGAGCAAGGGAACGAGAGUGUGGGUGGAGUCAGCCGGCAGCAAGGUCUACGUUGAGACCACCUCCUUAGCUAGCGAUGAGGAUUUUCGACCAGAAGCGGUGACAACAAAGAAAAAGAAAAAGAAACGAAGCAAGGAACAAGCAACAAAGAAAGGGAUCAUUAAUCCAAUGGCUGUCAUGACAAACAACACGGAACAAGCUGGGAAUACAAAUGCUAACAAUAACCACGAGGCGUGGCACAAGAAAGAGGGGAGUGGCAGCACCAAUGAACCACCCUCUGUUACCGAGGAGGACGAGACUAACUGCAGUGUUGCUAAGACUAGUGACCAAUCAGAUAGCAGUAGACUUUUGAGUAAUUCUAGAGAAGAGAUAAUUGAAUUAUGAUUUUAUAUAUAGAUCAGGCUACUGUACUAAUAAUAUAGAUCUACUGCAUGCAUGUUGAAGACCUUGCAAA